UUUCUGCUUUUGUUCCCGUGGCGAUUCUCUUCCCUCACAUUAGUGACUUGUCUUUCUUCGCUGAGGGUCACCACCCGCAUCGUCUCCACCAUGAAGGCGCUGACUGUCUCCACCCUUGUUUGUACCAUAGUGGUUUUGGCCAGCAUUGAUGCAAACGCUCUCGUGUACAGGAGGGGAACGUACUGUCCCAGCCGUUGGUUCAGGAGCGGAGGUCGCUGUUUCUACUACGUUUCGUCGUACCUGACUUGGGUGCAAGCCGAGAAAAACUGUCAGUCCAUGGGUGCCAACCUGGCGUCUGUGCACAGCUUCAAAGAGCACCGUCGCAUUCGGUUGUUGAUUGCGAGACGUACGGGUGGAUAUCGACCAACGUGGCUCGGGGCCUCUGAUUGCCAGAAGGAGGGUUUUUGGUUGUGGAGCGAUGGCACACGUUUCGACUUUCGGUACUCUGGAGUGUUUAACAACCUGAAUCGCAGGCAGCACUGCUUGCAGAUGAAUUUUGGAGCUUACAAACGCUGGGAUGAUACCGAGUGUUGGCGUCAUCUUCCAUCCGUCUGUGCCAAAAUCGCCACCUAAGUCAAAAGGCUCAGCGUCUGGUUUGGCUUUCAUGUCUUUUCUAUCGCUGCAGCGCUGCAGGCUCCGGAUCGUCUCUUAGACUUUGUGUCUUUGACGAGAGCAGGUUGUAUUACGGAUUAAGAUUGCUUUGAACACAACCUCGUUCUGUAGAGUCAGCUGUUUUUCUUUUUGCCAAAAUAAAAUGCUCAAGCAAGUCAA